AAAAAACGGUUAUAGUAUUAUCUUAAAUUUGCACCAGAGUUUAUUGUUUGGCAAGAAAUAUAUAAAACAGUAUGGUGUGAUGGCAAUUUAAGCAAAUCAUGUGAGAUUAGACACAAGGUAUAACCUCCGGCAGGCGAGGUUCCUACACGUAUGACGUUCAUGUUGGAAGAAAUAAUGUUUAAAUAUACAUGACUUUGAGAGAGUAUUUGUGAGGGAAGUUAUAUAAGUAAAUUAGUGCUCGCUUCUUUAUGGCUUACCAGCAUUGCUUUCCGAAAAAAAGGAUUAUUGGAUUUUUCUCCAAAUUAAAUCCUACCUUGAUUGCAAGAAAAUGACCUAGCUUUGAGAUCAUCUCAAUAUAAAAAUUUGGAGGAGAUAAAACCCAGUGCAGAGAAUGGAUGUAAAAUGGUCAGUUAUAAUUUUACGGACCUUUCUGUGUUGGAGUUUUCUGAUCACAGUCUUCAAAAGCAGAGGAACCGGCCACACAAGUAGUACUGAGUUUUCUUACGAAGAUCGACUGAUCAAACACCUUCUCCGGAAAUAUGCAGAGAGGGGAAAAUUUGGAAGACCAGUCAAGAAUUUUUCCGACAUCAUUCAUCUCAGAUUUGGUCUCCAAUUGAUCCAGAUUAUGAGCUUGGAUGAAAAGAAACAAAUUUUAACGCUGAAUGUAUGGACAAAUUAUAACUGGACAGAUGUUCAUCUCAGAUGGAAUGUCACAGAAUUUCACGGAGUGACAAAAAUCAACAUCCCUGCUACAGAAAUAUGGACCCCUGACUUAAGACUCUACAAUUUUGCCGAUGAACGUUUGCAUGAGAGAAGAGACUCACUCUGUAUCGUGGAACACACUGGACACGUGGUAUGGAUUCCUCAGGCCGUGUUUAAGAGUUCAUGUGACAUAGAUGUCAAAGCCUUCCCUUUUGAUAAGCAGAGAUGUCACUUAAAAUUCGGCUCUUGGACCUACGAUGGGCUACAACUCGAUUUAUUCUUCAAAGACGACGUAGCAUGGGAUUUAAGCAAUUUCCAAAAGAGUAACGUCUGGCACGUUAUAAAAACUUGGGGAAAGAAAAACGUUGAAAUGUACACCUGUUGUCCGGAACCAUUUAUAGACUUAAAGUUCUGGUUAACUAUUCGCCGGAAGGCUACGUUCUAUGCUUACACGCUUAUUUUACCGUGUGUUUUGUUGACCUCUCUGACACUUAUUUUGUUCUGGAUUCCGGCAGAGUCCCCCGCCAAACUUACUCUUGGCAUGAACACUUUCAUGGCGUUCUUUCUCUUACUGAUAAUCUUCGAGGCCAGUCUGCCGCCUGCUGCCAGAUCCUUCCCGGUUAUAGGAAUGAGUAUAUUCAUGGCAUACUUCGUUCUGUUGUCCAUCUUCCAACGUAAUAUACCACCAUCUGAAACCUCCCCAGUUCUAGGUACUUAUUACUGUGUAAACAUGGUGUUGAUAACAAUGUCUUCAUUCCUAUGUGUGUUUGUUGUAAACAUGUCCGUCUCGGGAACGAGGUACCCGGUUCAUCUUCCAAAGACACUUAAAAAGGUGAUGUUCUCAUACGUAGCCCGGAUUUUAUGUAUGGACACACUCGUUGCGCCUUUCCUGGAGGAAGUUCACGUGACAUGCCCCAACACUUCUCGGCGUUAUAUGGGUGUGAAUGGUGAUGGGAGUAGGUUUACAAACGAUUGGAAAGGCUCCAGUGAAACUUUAAUCACAGUUCAAAAGGAAUCUAGUGCAGAGUUGUCCGUGAUCCAUACGAAAGUCAAUGAAAUAAGAAACUUUAUAAAAAUUUAUAAAGAGAGACUAGAGGAAAAAGACAGGAAAGAAAAAAUAGCGAAAGAAUGGAAAGCUCUGGCGUUAAUAUUUGAUCGAAUUUUCUUUAUCAUUUACAUUACUACAAUAAUUGUUUCGUUAAUGGUUGUGUUGCCUAUAAUAUUUGACAGUGACAUCGAAGAAGAGGAAUAAAUGAAGGAAAGCUUCAAUCACGAUGCAAUACUGAUGUUUAGGAUUGUAUUUCAAAAAUAUUUGCUUCCCAAUCAUUUGUCUGUAUUCAGCCAGUAUUUCAGUCAAAUGUUAAAACGUUUUUACUUUGCUAAUUGUCUCUGUAUUCCUUUUUUUUACAAAGAAAAAACGAACCAUUGAAUAAAUGUUAUAAAGUAAAAAACUAUGUUUUAAUUUCUAUUCACUUGUACAUCUUUCAUUUUUUUUCUUUUUUUCAAUUCGUGUACUCAUUUCAGUAGGAAAUUUAGAAAAAAUUAUAGCUGCUGUAUUAUUUUUUUACCCUGUAAAUUGUACUGUAUCGUAACUUAGAGACUAAAUCAUUUAGAUGAGUUGUCAAGUUGCACAUUCUUGCACAAAUAAGGAAAAAUAUUUUUUCUGUAGUAAAACCUAUAAUUCAUUUUUUUGGCCGAAUAACACAUUACUUAAAACCGAUGUUUUCAUUCAAAUUUUGAGGAAAUGUUUCGUAUGUAAAAUCCAAAUGAUGUUUUAUUUAUUUAUUCUCAGACAGACGUGUGCAUAUACUGACUAUUGUGUUUAAAUCAGUGGAAACUGUUUGAUAUACUUGCAAUGUAUUUUAAGCGCGUCAUCAAGUAAAAGUGAUGUUUUGCUAAUAGGCAGUUGAUUUAAAGGUUGUUUUAACUAUAUAAAAAGUGCGAUUAAUGAGAUUCAUGUGAAAAAUAUUUUACGAGUCGCUCAUAUCAGUAAUAUCUACAUGAAAAAGAAUAGAGAUAGAUUUUAUGUUGGUACUUAUACUCUCUGCAAUCUGAUAUGUAUAUUUCUAAUGGACUUUGUAAUAAAUGCUUGAAAUAUCAUUUAAUUUUAUUGAAAAAAAUUGAAUUAUUUAUUUCACCGACGACAAUAUUAAUUUUUCACAA